AUGGCAAGUGAUUCAAAAAAAACUGAUCGUGAGGAACAAGAUUAUGCAAAGUGUGUUUGGAAGAGUCUUCAACACGAAGAACUGACCGAACUGGAAGAUGCUGCAGCUCAAGUCCAAAACGGUGAAAAAGAUGAAGAGAAACUGACACAACUCAUAGAAAAAAUCAUAAAACAUUUCCAAGAGCACUCUGACAACCGUAUCCGUCUAGCUCGAAAAGACGUGUCCCCUUUCUUCGCACCCGCCACGUGCUCCCCGUUAGAGAAUUCGGUUUUAUGGAUCGCUGGCUGUAGACCUUCUUCUUUCAUUCGACUUAUUUAUGCACUCUGUGGAUUCGAACCCGACGUCCAAGGAACUGAUCCGUGCCUUGAAGGGAUGGUAACCGAGGAUAUCCGUAAACUAAGCGGGGAACAGUUGAGUAUGAUUAACGAGUUGCAAGGGAAGACGAUUCGAGAAGAGAGGAGGAUUUCGACGAAAUUGGCUAGCUUACAAGAGGAAAUAGUGGACCAACCGCUUGCGGGGAAGAUGAAGAAAGAGGGACAUGAUUGUGAGAAAGCGGAUGAAGCUUUGGAUGAACAUAGUGGACACAUGGCCGAUGUAAUUGAAGAAGCUGAUGAACUGAGGAUGAAGACGUUGAAGGAAAUUGUGAAAAUACUUGAACCGGUUCAGGCCGUCGAGUACAUAGCAGCAGCUAAGAAGAUUAGGUUUUGUGUGCAACAAUGGGGAGAGAAGAGGGAUCAGCAGCAUAAGGAGUAG